AUGCGUUCCGUCCUCCUGCUCGUCACCCUUCUCGCCAGCACCAUGGCCGAAAAGCUCCUGUACAGCAACCCCCUGAACUCGACGGCGGACGUCGCGACCUGGGUUGCCGAGGGUCCGCUCAACGUGAAGGCAGUAGACGGCACGCUCGAGCUCUCGGGCGGCGGCGACCUGGCCGACUACUUCGUGUACUGGGUGCCGGAGGUGUUCCCCGACGGGAUCCGCAUCACAUGGGAGUUCUCGCCGCGCAACGAGCCCGGCCUGGCCAUGUUCUUCUUCGGCGCCGCGUCCGCCGCCGACGACGGCAAGGGCAGCAUCUUCGACCCCAGCCUGGCGCCCCGUAACGGCAGCUACCCGCAGUACCACUCCGGCGACAUCCGCACGCUGCACGCGUCGUACUUCCGCCGCCGCUGGCCCGAGGAGAGGGCUUUCCACCUGGCGAACCUGCGCAAGUCGCCCGGCUUCCACCUCGUCUCCCAGGGCGCCGACCCCUUGCCCCCCGUGGCUGAUGCCGCGGGCGCCUUCUACAAGAUCGAGGUCAUCAAGGACAAGCGCGAGGUCAAGUUCCUCAUCAACGACCUCCCCAUCUUCGAGUUCAACGACGACAAGUCCACGGGACCCGUCAUUCGCGACGGAAGGAUUGGAUUCAGACAGAUGCAGCCUCUAGUUGCGCGGUACCGCAACCUGCAGGUCUGGAAGCUUUAA